GAAGGACUUUUAUCUUGCAGCAAAGUACAACCACGACUUCUAUUCAUUUUCUGGCUUUUAUACAAAAAUACAUCGAGUAUAGAGGAGUUGGUGCAACUUUCAUAACUUCAUCUCAAGACAGAUUUCCUUGAAGCAAGGAUCACUACAGCUUUUACACCUAAACUUUGAUUGACUAAAAAGUAAUUUUAGCAAAAAUAAAAUAUCUUCUUGCUCAGAGUGUCUAGAAAAAUACCAUUAUCUAACACUCCUCCUUGAGAGUUUUCUUGGAGACGCCAAGCCUUGAUCUUAGAAAUUCAAACUUUGAUUUUGUAAUAGCUUUAGUGAUGAUAUCUGCAACUUGAUUCUCAGAAUUACAAUGCAAAAGAGUCACUUCCCCAAGCUUCUCUAUCUCUUUAACUGCAUAAAACUUCACAUUUAUGUGCUUAGUUCUUCCAUGCUGCACAGGGAAAUGCCUUAGUGACUAUGUUUGCCAAUUGCUCUUCAGACCUGCAAUGCAUCAACUGAACCUCUCCAUUCUUUUCUGCUUCUCUUAUAGCGUGAAAUUUGACAUUUAUAUACUUUAUUCUCCCAUGUUGGAUAGGAUUCCUAGCAAUAGAAAUGGAUGAAUUGUUGUCACACCAUAACAUAGUAGGUUCCUCUUACACAUAAUCCAAGUUAAGACUUUUCUAAUCCAUAUAGCUUGAUUUGAAGUUGUUGCUACAGCAAUAUACUUAGCUUCAGCUGAGGAUUGAGCAACUACAUCUUGCUUUUUGGAGUUCCAUGAAAAUACUCCAUUCCCAAGUGAAAAAACAUACCCAGUUGUGCUCUUAGAAUCAUCUAGAUCCUGCCCAAUCACUGUGAACAAAACCUUCAAGUUUUCCAUCACUCCUGCAAUACCAAAUGCUAAGAUCCAUAGUACCUCUCAGUUACCUCAAGACUCUUUUACCAACACCAAGAUGUGUCAAACUCGGUGACUGCAUGAACCUUGAAAAUAAGCUAGCUAAGAACAUAAAAUCUGGUCUGGUUGCAGUCAAGUAAAGAAGGCUGCCAAUCAAACUUCUAUACUGAGUUACAUCUGCCUUUGCAUCACCAUCAGCCUUGGAGAGCUUUUCAUUUACAACAAGUAGAGUUGAGACAGGAUUACAACUGUCCAAUUUGAACUUUCUCAGCAUAUCUUUUGCAUACUUUCUCUGUGAGAAAGAUUCCAUCAUUGGACUGAUGCACUUCCAUUCCCAAAAAAUAUCUCAUCUCUCCAAGAUCUGUCAUUUCAAAAACUUGUAACAUACUUUAACUUGCUCAAAUUAUUGGGUGGGCAAACACCUUUAACUUGUAUUCUAUAUGCAAAUAAAAAUCUUUUAACAUUUUCUUUCUCACCGCCACUCAUAAUCAAGAGCAUUUCUUGAGGCUUAAGAAGAACACCACCAAUCAGUGAAAAGCUCACAAACAGGCUUGCACGUUGUGUAUAACUUUGAGAUCAGUAACCAAUAUCCUUGGAGCUUCAUGUUUCCAACUCCGAAGUCAACUACAUUACUUUUGUGUUAAUUAAAGUAAACCACAUUUGAUUUUCCAACCUUGACUUACUCAAACUAAUGGGUACGCCACCCCACGUUCAAGUGAACGCUUUCUCUUCUAGUACAAUAAUAAUUGCUGUUCUAAUUCAACCAAAUCCAGUUGUCAUUUCUUCCACCUGGUCAGAACAAUUGUGUAUCUCUCGCAGCCAUAGUGGCAGGAUUUGAUCUCUGCUUGGGACUAUGACAGCGAAGCAAAACCAGCAUUAAUCCAACUCAAUGCCUUGCGUAUAGCAGCAUUAAACAAUUAUUAUAAGACUAAGAUGGGGUUGUAAUGUUGAUACAAUAUUUGCUUGCUCAUCAGCUAUAUAUAGCCACCGAUACUAGUUCCAAGUUGUAACCCUUUAAGCAUAAACAACUUCCUAACUAGGAGAAAGGUAGAAAGAAGAGUAUUCCAAAGAUGGCAACUUGGGUUUCCACAGCAUUCUUGAUAGUUUUAAGCCUGUGUUUUCAGUCUGGAGCUCUGCUUCAAGUUCAACUUCAAUUAGGGUUUUAUGCAACCUCAUGUCCCCUGGCUGAGGUAAUUGUGAAGGAGGAGGUUGCGAAAGGGAUCGCCAGGGAUACAGGAGUGGCAGCCGGUCUGGUCAGAUUGCAUUUCCAUGAUUGUUUUGUUAGGGGCUGUGAUGGAUCGGUUCUGAUCGACUCAACUGCUUCGAACACGGCGGAGAAAGAUUCUCCACCCAACAAAAGCCUUAGGGGGUUUGAAGUGAUCGACAAGGCAAAGGCGAGGCUCGAGACACUGUGUCCCGGGGAAGUGUCUUGUGCAGAUAUAGUUGCUUUUGCGGCAAGGGAUAGCAUUGAGUUAACGGCGGGGCGGGGUUAUGACGUCAGUGGAGGGAGAAGAGAUGGCAGAGUUUCAUUGGCUUCUGAGGUAUUGGCAAAUCUACCGGCUCCUUCCUUUAAUGUCAACCAGCUCACGCAGUCCUUCGCGAAAAAGGAACUAACACAACAAGAAAUGGUUACACUCUCUGGAGCACAUACCAUUGGCCGCGCUCACUGCGAAGCCUUCAGUAAUAGACUCUACAACUUCAAUGCGACAAACAGCCAGGACCCGACUCUGGAUCCUGGUUAUGCAGAAUACUUGAAGAAGAAGUGCCCGCAAGGCAGCACAGACCCCACCCUGGUGGUUCCAAUGGACCCCUAUACCCCGGCCGUCACUGACAGAGGCUACUAUAAGGCUGUCCUGGCUAACAAAGGGCUAUUCACUUCGGACCAGACUCUUCUCACAAACCCGACGACAGCCACCCAAGUUUAUCAAAACGCAAAUGAUCUUUUGCGGUGGAGAACCAAGUUUGCUGCUGCAAUGGUGAAGAUGGGUCAGAUUGGCGUCUUAACGGGUAGCGACGGAGAGAUCAGAUCAAACUGCAGGAGGAUCAAUUGAGGAGAGGACCGGAAAAUAUGCAAUCUUAAGCAUGCAUGGGAUAGAUUAUUUGAUUUGUAAUUCUUUAUCUAGUUUGCUGUGAUUUGUUUGUGGGUGUGGGUACUAUGCUUUGAUGUGGGAAAUAUAAAAUAAAGUGUUGAGCUGUGUAACUUCAGCUGUGAUAUUUGUGCUGAAAAAGAUACAAAAAAUAUCUUUAAUAACUAGCUAAUAUCUUUUGAAUUUUUGUUAGUUUGAAUAAUAUAAUUCAAUUUGAG